AUGCAUCUCUCCAACAUUAUCGCCACUCUAGCUCUCGCUGGAUCGGUUAUUGCCGCACCUUUUCGCAAGGGAGAUAGUCUUUACAAGGGUAUAACGAAAGCAGGGAGGAAGUUCGUUGGCACCGCCCUAACGCUCCGAAAUGAGACUACAGAGGGAGAGAUCAUUAAGCAAGAGUUCAAUUCUUUCACCCCCGAGAACGCGAUGAAGUGGGAAUCAACCGAGCCAUCACGUGGCAACUUCACUUUCGCAGACGCAGAUCGCUACGCGGCCUACGCCAAGAAAAACCAUCUCCAGAUCCAUUGUCAUACACUUGUGUGGCACAGCCAGCUUCCAAAGUGGGUUUCGGAUGGCGGAUUUGACAACAAGACCUUGAUCGGAAUUAUGGAAGAUCACAUCAAAGCAAUUGUGACCCGAUACAAGGGAUCUUGCACACGUUGGGACGUCGUGAAUGAAGCGCUGAAUGAGAACGGAACCUACCGCUCCAGUUUGUGGUUAGAUACCAUCGGUGAAGCCUAUCUCCCAAUCGCUUUCAGACUCGCGAAGAAGUAUGACAACAAAGCAAAGCUGUUCUACAACGACUACAACCUUGAAUACAACGCGGAGAAGACCGCCGGUGCUAAGCGCAUCGUCAAGCUCAUCAAAUCCUACGGCGUCAAGAUCGACGGUGUUGGCUACCAAGCUCAUCUAGCCAGCGAGACUACCAAAACCGCACCAGGCCCCGCACCGGACCAGAAGACACUCGAAGCUGCUCUUCGCGCAACGGCCGAUGAAGGCGUAGACGUUGCGUACACCGAGAUCGACGUCCGCCUAAACACUCCGGCUACCGCAGAAAAACUCGCCGUACAAGCUGCUACUUAUCAGCGUAUUGCGGCAUCUUGUCUUGCGGUAAAGAAGUGUAUUGGUAUGACUGUCUGGGGCAUUUCAGACAAGUACUCGUGGAUUCCUGGCGUCUUUGCCGGCGAGGGAGCUGCGCUACUAUGGGAUGAGGACUACAAUAAGAAACCUGCUUAUUACGGUUUCUUGAAAGGAAUAAAAGGGAAUAAAGAAUAA